AUGUCUUUAACUUGGAAUUACCCUGUGAUUAGACGUGACGAGUCUAUCGUCGAGGAAUUACAUGGUAUCAAGGUUGCCGAUCCUUACAGGUGGUUGGAAAACCCUGACUCCGAAGAAACAAAGCCAAAUACUUUUGAGGCAGAUGGUACUGUUGCCCUUAAUACUUAUUCCUUUUCAAAAUAUGGCAAAUACUUUGCUUAUGGCAUCUCUAAAUCAGGAAGUGAUUGGGUUACAAUACAUGUGAGGACAACUGAAAAUGAUGAACAAAACAAAUUACCGUUGGGUGAUGUGGUUGAAUGGGUUAAAUUCUCAUCCAUUGAAUGGACGCAUGAUGAAGCUGGUUUUUUCUAUAAUAGAUAUCCUGAACCUGAAAAAAGUGAUGAUAAAGGCACUGAAACCGAUACGAAUCUCAAUGCCAUGCUCUAUUAUCACAAAUUAGGCACUUCUCAAUCUGAUGACAUUUUAGUUUAUAAAGACCCGAGCAACCCCGAGUACAUGUACGAAACUUCCAUUUCUACAGAUGGUCGCUAUGUAGUUCUCAAAAUUGAUAAGGAUUGUGCUCCUGUAAAUAAAUUGUGGAUCUUAGACUUAAAAAAAACAAAUCAUCAAAUCAUUGAAAAUUGUGAUUUUCUCAAAAUUGUUGAUAAUUUUGAUGCUCAAUUUGAUUAUAUCACAAACGAUGAAACGACAUUUUACUUCAAGACUAAUUUAAAAGCGCCUCGAUAUAAAAUCGUAAAAUAUGAUUUAAAUCGACCUGAUGAUGGUUUUACUGAAAUCAUCAAAGAACAUCCAACAGAUGUUCUUUGUUUUGCCACUCCAAUUGCCGAAACAAAUCUUGUUAUUACAUAUAUGCAUGAUGUGAAAGAAUUGAUAUCUAUACACAAUUUAUCCACCGGAAAACAUAUUAAAGAUUUAGAUGUUCCGAUAGGAUCAAUAGAUUCAAUAAAAGGGAGAAGGGAGGAUACAGAAUUUUUCUUUAAAUUUAUCAGCUUUUUGAAUCCUGGUGUCAUUUAUCGGUAUGACUUUACAAAAGAGAAGUUGUCAGAAUAUCGGGCUACGGAAGUUUACGGAUUCAACAGCAAUUUAUUUGAAACAAAGCAAGUCUUUGUCGAAAGCAAGGAUAAGACUAAAAUUCCCGUUUUUAUUAUUUUACCAAAGAAUAUCACUUAUAAUGGUAAUAAUCCUACGUUGCUAUAUGGAUACGGAGGAUUCAGUAUCAGUAUAACACCAUCAUUUUCUACUUCUUGGUUGAACUUUAUUCAGCAUUAUAAUGGUGUUGUUGCUGUCGCUAAUCUCCGUGGUGGUGGUGAAUAUGGUGAAGAAUGGCAUAAUUUAGGGAUGUUACACAAUAAACAAAAUGUUUUCGAUGAUUUUCAGUCAGUUGCUAAAUGGUUGGUAGAUAAUAAAAUUACAUGCCCUGAGAAAUUAGCUAUAAACGGUGGUUCUAAUGGUGGUUUACUAGUUGGCGCAUGUAUAAACCAGGCACCCGAAUUAUUCGGUGCUGCAGUAGCAGAUGUAGGUGUUAUGGACAUGCUGAGAUUCCAUAAAUUCACCAUUGGACAUGCGUGGAGAAGCGACUAUGGUGACCCUGACAAAAAGGAAGAUUUUGAAUAUAUUUACAAGUAUUCCCCACUUCAUAAUGUACAGUCUAUUAAACCAUAUCCUUCAGUAUUAUUAACCACAUCUGACCAUGAUGAUAGAGUAGUGCCUUUGCAUUCCUAUAAACUUAUAGCGCAACUACAGUAUGUUGCAAAGAAAAAUCCAAAUCCUUUAAUGAUUAGAAUUGAAACUAAAGCUGGCCAUGGAAGUGGAAAACCUACAAAGAAGAGAAUCGAUGAAGCUACCGACAAAUAUUCAUUCAUUGCGUUAUCACUUGAUGCCAAAUGGGUAGAUUAA